UAGAGCCUCCUGCUACGCAAAUGGAAAGUUUAACCAUUUAGUUGGCAAAGCCCUCCAAGCCAUACCCCGCCCCAGCGAUUGAGGCACUAGCGCCUGAAUGAGAGACGCUGGCAGCUGCCCAGCAAGUUAAAUAUCAACUAAGAGUGCCAUUCUCUGGCCGUACGUCCUGCACAUAAGACAGUUCUUACCACCGCCAACUUAUCAUUUACAGGAGCCGAUAUACUCAGCUAUAUGUCGAGCUUCUAGAGUAUUGAUAAAUAUGGUGAAGAGAAUGUGCAGUUGCAGAUUACAAACCUAUCUAUCAUUUAAAAACCACUUCACCAGGCCAAUUUCUUCCCAGCACCCUCUAUAAUCUCCAGUAUCUCCUUUAAACUACCAUGGCUCCGCUCUAUAAGAAAGCACUCAUUAUCGGCGCUACCUCGGGUAUCGGGGCGUCUCUUGCAUCUAAGCUUGUUACGAACGGCACCAAAGUUAUAGUAGUGGGUCGCCGACGGGAUCGCCUGCACUCUUUCGUGAAGGCACACGGCUCGGACGUCUCCAGUGCCGUCGCCUUUGAUAUAACGAAUCUGACCGGCAUUAAAGCCUUUGCUGAUAAUAUCAUCCAGUCUAAUCCAGAUCUUGACUGUGUUAUAAUCAGCUCGGGUGUCCAACGUGGCUUCAACUUCUCACGGCCCGAGACAAUAAACCUCUCACUUCUCGGGGAUGAGCUUACGACGAACUAUACUUCCGCUGUUUAUCUAACAACAUCAUUCUUACCUCAUCUCAAGAAUGAGCCUCAUGGAAAUAUAAUAUAUAUCAAUGCUACUCUCGGGCUGAUCCCAGCUAUGAUCCGGACACCAAAUUAUAAUGCUUCUAAAGCUGCCCUCCAUGCCUUUGUCAUGAGUAUUCGGUAUCAGCUCCGACAGGCUGGCUAUUCUUUACGCAUUGUGGAAGUAUUCCCGCCUGCGGUACAGACAGAGCUAUAUGACGAGAGGAACCAGCCAGAUCUAGUCAACGGGCGUGAAAUCGGCAUGCCAUUAGCUGAAUUCAUUGACCAAAUGUAUGAUGGCCUGGCUAAAGGCAGUGAUCAAUUCGCCAUUGGCCUGGGAGAGGACCUCUUUAAGGAGGGCGGAUGGGAGUAUCAGCGGGGACAAAUGUGCGAAGAGGCGCAAGAUUACUUCAAGGAAGCGAUAACGCAGUAUGAAAGGAAGUAAACGAUUAAAGGGCUCCGUAUAAAUGCAUCCUACAAGAUGCAUAGAAGGACCGGAAGUGUAGUUAUAUUAAGUAAACUUAUAGUUCUUAUGUAUAAAAUACAAC